CCCUGACACUCCCGGAGCUCCUUCGGGCCCGCCCCCGGCCCUAAGCUCGGCUCCUGACCCCGCCCCUGCGUGGAGCCCCCGGGCACCCGGCUGCUGCUGGGACGCGCUCCGGGUGGGGGCGGAGCCUGGCUGCCGCUGCGGGACCGGAGCGGCGGGAGGUGGCGCCUCGGUCCAGAAGCCGGGGACUCGCGGCCAUGACAGUGUCGGCCCGCGGCUUUUGGCUGCUCCGCGGCCGCCUAGGCCAAGUGCCGGCGCUGGGUGGGAGCGCGGUGCCCCCCUUGGCCGCGCCGGCGCCGGGAGCGGCCGGACGCGCGUUCCGGGGCUUUCGGAGCAGCGGUGUGAGACAUGAUGCAGUUAUUAUCUCAGGAACUGAAAUGGCCAAACAAAUCCAGAAAGAAAUACGGCAAGGUGUGGACUCUUGGAUUUCCCUUGGGAACAGAAGGCCUCACCUCAGCGUCGUUCUAGUGGGUGAUGACCCCGCCAGCCACACCUACGUCAGGAGGAAGGUCAAAGCGGCCGCUGCUGUAGGUAUCUGUAGUGAGAUCAUUCUAAAACCUAAGGACGUUUCUCAGGAAGAACUUUUGGAUAUAACUGAUCAGUUGAACAUGGACCCAAGAGUCAGUGGUAUAUUAGUUCAGUUGCCACUGCCAGACCAUGUGGAUGAGCGGACAGUAUGCAAUGGAAUUGCCCCUGAAAAAGAUGUAGAUGGAUUUCAUAUUAUCAACAUCGGAAGACUGUGCCUUGAUCAGCAUUCUCUCAUACCUGCCACUGCUAGUGCUGUUUGGGAAAUAAUCAAAAGAACAGGGAUUGAAACAUUUGGGAAAAACGUGGUUGUGGUUGGAAGAUCCAAGAAUGUGGGGAUGCCCAUUGCCAUGCUCCUCCACACCGACGGAGAACACGAACGGCCGGGAGGUGAUGCAACUGUCACAAUAGCUCACAGAUACACCCCGAAAGAACAACUGAAGAUCCAUACUCAGCUGGCAGAUAUUAUCAUAGUAGCUGCAGGUAUUCCGAAGUUGAUUACAUCUGAUAUGGUUAAAGAAGGCGCUGCUGUCAUUGAUGUGGGUAUCAACUACGUCCAUGAUCCGGUGACAGGAAAGACAAAAUUAGUUGGAGAUGUGGACUUUGAAGCUGUUCAGAAGAAGGCUAGCUUUAUCACGCCAGUUCCCGGAGGCGUGGGACCCAUGACGGUGGCGAUGCUUCUCAAGAACACUCUUCUGGCAGCAAAAAAAAUCAUUUACUAGGUCACAUGACAGCACAAAGCAAACUGAAGCCAUGCUGUUUAUUUACUUGACAAAAGGAAAAAACCUUUAUAUUUUACUACAAAGCUAUUUCUACAUUGUAUUUAUUUUUUUCAUGGAUGGAAUCAUUGUGGAUCAGAUGAUUCAUACAACUUAAUGCAUUUCCUCCUAAUAUUCACUGAAUAUUUGGAGUGGGUUUUAAUUUUAGGAAAAAAACAAAGCAAUGACAAUGAAAACUUUAGUAACAGUUGUUUACUUUGUGAAUAACAUUUGUUCAUAAUAUUAAAAUAAUAAAGGGCUCACGAUAAGUGCAUAUAUUUUUGGCACAAAUAUCUCACAUAGUAUGUUUUUAACAAACGUUUUGUCAGCUAAAUAGGCACCCUUGUAAAAUGUGAUUUAGGUUUUGCUGUAAUCGUGCUCAGUUUUUAUAUAUGUUAUGUUCUAUACUGUAUGCUAAAAAAGAGCUUACUUGCUAAAAGAAAGAUAAAAUAUUAAAAAUAAAAUUUUGAUCUCACAUUUCUCCCAAAUGCAUCAGUUGAGGCAUCUUAACGAGAAAUGAUGCUCCCUUCAAGGAAAGAAAAUAUUCAGGGAAGGCAAAAAAUGCAGUGUUAUUUGGGGAAGUAUUAGGCAUGUCAAAUUGUGAAUGACUACUUGCCAUUGUAGAAAUGUAAUAAGAAUAUGUUAGGUUUACAUGUAGUUUCCUUGUUCUUCUAGAAAAAUAUAUGGACAACACCUUCCUUGAGGAAUAAUGGAAAAUCCAAACAUAAGCCAAUACACAAAACAAAAUGAAGGUUGUAUUUUCCAACAAAUAUCAGAAAAAUAUGCUAAGUAUGAGCGUGAACUUCAUUCAAGAAUAGAUGUUAUGUUUGUUCACAAAUCUAGAAAUUUAAUAGGAAAACAUGCACUUCCAGUGUGCCAAAACUAAACCUUAGGAUGUGACUGAAAAUCUACUGCUUUGUUGCCCACAGUUCUUCCCUCUUCUCUUAUGGCAUUUGGUUUUCAAAGUAGAUGCCAUGUUUCUAACACAAUUUAGAUUAGAAAAUACAUAUGACUGUCAGUUGAAGGCUAUUUUGAGACUACCCUGGGCACAUAAUUGUAUUGUUUUCAUGCCCAAAUCCUAGUGUGUUUAUGUGCCAAUAAUGAUUCGUACCCAAUGCAUGUCCUUAUUAGUGUGUUUUCUUGAUCAUUCUUGUGAAAAUAGACUAGAUGUUUAUAAUUAAUAUUUCAACUGUAUAAUAAAGGUAAUUUGGAGAGGAA